AUGAACUCGUUGAAUAUCCUGUCCUCGCGAGUCAUUGGCCAAUCUUCCAGCUCUUCACGCCAUAGAUCGCAGUCUCAAGGCGAUAGCAAACGUGCACCUCUACCGUCAGACUUUUCAAAACUCCGGUCUUAUAGCGAGGAUAACUUUCGGUCCCUUGACCCCACCGAGAAGAGCUACAACGAUGGACCGCCCGUGAACGAAGAUGGAGAAGAUGGCGCAUAUGACUUAGAUGAGAAGACACCGCUACUGCAUGAAGCUCACAAGAAUGGCACGCUCGCUGCUCGAAGUACUUGGCGUCUAAUUACCCAACGGUUUUUCGAUGCGAUCACGGAAACUAUCAAAUUCAUCCUGUCUACGUUUGCUGCACCCGGUGUGUAUUUGGCUCAAUGCUUCCAGGCUGAUGAUGGUCACUAUUCGCUUCUUGCACCUGUGCACAAAUUGCGGCGCUCCUCUGCCGACCCAACGAUCCGGUCGGCUAAAGGGGCCACCCGGGUAGAAGGUCGGCGUCGCAGUGGCUCCACCCGGAAGCUCCGACCUCAAGGCUCUCACGAAUCUAUUGUAUCAACAACGUCAGAGUCCGACACAGAUCGACGGCAUAUCAAAAAUCUCUCAAGCGGGAGGAACCGACCUACUAAGACCAAAGGCCACGAUCCAGAUCCAAUCCCAGAAGGGGAAGAGCAUGAGCACACGCCUCGUCGGUCUAUACGAAUCAAGCUCCAUAAUGAAGAAUCUCUCAAGCGGCAGAGACACCGAAGAUCCCAGAGCUCAGAUUUAGGACAUCCAAUGCCCGAGGGUGUCUCUCGAGUCCAGGGGGCUGUCCACCUGGAUAGCUUAAAGUCCCCAACCUCUCCCAACAUCCACCGCAUAACGAAGUACCCACACUCUCCAACUCCACCGCGCCCACUCCUCCCGUCACGAGUACCUUCAUAUACCGCAGCUCCCCGCAAUGCCAGACCUCCGCAGAAGACCCUGGUGCUGGAUCUCGACGAGACCCUAAUUCACUCGCUCGCCAAGGGUGGCCGGAUGUCCAGUGGUCACAUGGUCGAGGUUAAGCUCUCGAUACCCACGACUACUUCAUUGUCCCCGGGCGGACCGCAAACGACACUGGGCCCUCAGCAUCCCAUUCUGUAUUAUGUCCAUAAACGACCACACUGCGAUGAGUUCCUGCGCAAGGUCAGCAAAUGGUAUAAGCUCGUCAUUUUCACGGCCAGCGUUCAAGAGUAUGCCGACCCUGUCAUCGACUGGCUCGAGCAGGAACGGAAAUACUUCCAAGGCCGCUUAUACCGACAGCAUUGCACAUUCCGUAAUGGGGCAUACAUCAAGGACCUGAGUUCUGUGGAACCGGAUCUGAGCAAGGUGAUGAUUCUGGACAACAGCCCGAUGAGCUAUAUUUUCCACGAAGAUAAUGCCAUUCCCAUCGAAGGUUGGAUCAACGAUCCCACAGACAACGGUCUGCUCCACUUGAUUCCCAUGCUCGAAGCUCUACAAUACGUCACGGAUGUCCGGGCUUUGUUAGCACUUCGCCGUGGUGAACUCGAGUCAUGA